AUUUCUCAAUUUUGUUUCUGAAUUUGUAGUUAGCGCUAGUGUACCGGAAUUGUGAUCUCUUUCCGAUUUUUCAGCCAUCUUUGAAUGUGAAGGUGGAGUUAGCGUGAUUAAAAAUGUCGUCACAUUUAGUCUGGAGCAUUAUUCGAAAUAAUAAUGCCUUUCUACUCAAGAAACGAAACAUCAACAAACCUUUCAGUACUGAGACAAGCAAUUUGACAAACUUGAACUCCUACAGGUAUAAUGGUCUUGUUCACAAGAAAACCAUAGGAAUAGUUGACACACCUGACAAAAAGGGAUUCACAGUUAUCUAUAAAAAAUCGAAAUUCCAACAUAAGCCUAGAAAAAGUAUUGUGAAAACCACAAUGAAGGCAGGUCCUAGAAGGUCUCUUUACAAACUUAAAAGGCUUAUUCAAAAGAACAGAUACCGCACGGACUUGACCAAGGUUGCCCUUCGCAAGGCUAGUGCUAUCUUAAGGUCUCAAAAACCUUUGCCAGCCAAAAAACCAAAAGCAAAGAAAGAAUCGUAAAUUUUUGUAUUUAAGAAUAAAGAAAUAUAACUUUGA